AUAAUGAUCAUUGAAAGGACUCAGAAAUAUGUCAUCUCUCUGAUCAGUUAUCCUCGUCUCUUUUGAUGAUUCUUCCAUAAUUCAGCAAUAAAUUUGAAAUUAAAAAAACAUUUAAUGAAAGUAAAUUCGUAACACUCUAUUUGUAUAGUUAUAUAGAUGCAUAUUUUAUUGCAUGAUUAUGUUGUUUGUUCAUUGUUGUCUUAAGUUUUUACUCUAAUUUUAGCGAUUAAACUAAUUAACUUAUAUGAAGCCCAUCUAAUUACAUUAACCAACCCCCAGCCCCAUUGCAUGUCAUCCUUCAGUAAUUGGCAAAAGAGAACAAAGAAAAGGCACAAUUUCUUCAUCUAAAAUGCCGAGAGAGACGAGUCCAGGCUUGAAGAUCCUCUGGUUAUGGACCAUCGGCACCGCCGGCAUUUUGGUUACAAGUGUGGUAAGGACCAGGCUAAAAGACAUGGAGCAGAUGAUGAACACUGACCACCAGCAGCAGCAGCAGGAAGAGCAUCAAAGCAGUCUAAGUGAUCCAGUCUUAUUGGAUUCUGACGAGGGAGUCAUUGAAGAAGUGAAAUCGUAGGCUUAGCAGCUAGUAAACUAGUGUCAGCUAUGUGUUUGUUUAAUGUCUCGAAAGAAUAUGGGAGCCCAGUACUUUUGUUGUCUAUUUGUUGAAUUUGACUGACUAUAAUUGAGACCAAAUAAUUAGGCGUGACUCUCCAAUGUGUUUGCUGAAUGUUUUGAAAUGGAAUAUCCUCUUGCUAGCUAA